AUGCAUUCCGGUGGUGGUGGCCCUGGCCGGCCGGCGGGUCGGCCGUCUACCUCGGCAGCUGCUUCGCCCUCUUCUUCGUCUUCAGCAACACAGUUAGGGUUUGAAUCUUUGCAGCAACAUCAGCAACAGCAGCAUCAGCAACAGCAGCAACACCAUCAACAACAGCAGCAGUUAGGUUCUAGACAGACAUUUCAACAGCAGCUGCUGAGAAAGCCAGAAGGAAAUGAAGCAUUUUUAGCUUAUCAAGCAGGGCGACAAGGUGUAUUUGGGAGUAACAGUUUCCAGCAACCCAAUGCUAUGCAACUGCCUCAGCAGUCUCGAAAAUUCACCGAUUUAGCUCAGCAACAUGGUACCAAUCAAGAUGCUCAGCUCAGAGGUCAAAAUAGCGAGCAGCAGCAAAUGCUAAACCCUGUCCACCAAGCAUACCUUCAAUAUGCUUUCCAGGCUGCGCAACAAAAGCCUGCUUUGGGAAUUCAUUCGCAACAGCAUGCUAAGAUGGGAAUGUUAAACCCUGCAUCUGUAAAAGAUCAGGAAAUGCGCAUGGGAAAUCUGAAAAUGCAAGACAUAAUGGCAAUGCAGGCAAUGAAUCAAGCUCAAGGAUCGUCUUCUAGGAAUUCAUCUGAACACAAUGUCCGUGGAGAAAAGCAGAUGGAGCAAGGACAACAGAUAAGACCCAUUCAAACACCAGAAGCACAGCAUGGCAUCCAAAAUGUUAUGAACAGCCAGGUUGCAGUAGCUGCUCAAUUGCAAGCCAUGCAGGCAUGGGCACGUGAGAAUAAUAUUGAUUUAUCACAUCCUACAAAUGCACAUUUAAUGGCAAAGCUCAUUCCACUGAUGCAGUCAAGGAUGGUCCUACCACCAAAGACCAGUGAGAGCAACAUCGGCGCACAGUCGUCAUCGGUCCCUGUUUCAAAGCAGCAGGUUAAUUCUCCAGCAGUUGCAAGUGAGAGCUCCGCGCAUGCUAAUUCAUCAAGCGACAUGUCUGGGCAGUCAGGUUCUUCGAAAGCCAGGCAGACAGUUCCUCCCAGCCAUCUCGGUUCAACGGCAAAUGCUGCUACAGGUGGUCAGUCCAGCGACAUGGUCAUGCAGCAAUUCAAUGUUCAUGGUAAAGAGUCUCAAGCUCCUCUGAGGCAACAAGUAAAAGCUGGAAAUGGAAUGCCCUCUUAUCAUUCUCAACAAUCCUCUGCAACCAUGAACUUAGGUGCAGACCAUCAUUUGAAUGCAAAAGGUUCAUCUUCUGGGGCAGAACCUCCUCAAACGCAGUACACCAGGCAGUUAAACCAAUCUACGACACAGGCCGGAGGCCCAACAAAAGAAGGGGGUUCGGGAAAUUAUGCUAAAUCUCAAGGGGCCCCAGCUCAGAUGCCUGAGCGACAAAAUGGAUUUACAAAACAACAGCUACAUGUUCUUAAAGCACAGAUACUAGCAUUUAGGCGGUUAAAGAAAGGAGAAGGUACUCUGCCUCAAGAACUUCUUCAAGCUAUCACUCCACCACCUCUUGAGUUGCAGGCAAAACAACCAAACCAUCCUGCAGGAGGACAGAAUCAAGUCAAAUCUUCUGGAAAUAUUGUGCCAGAACAACCACGGCAUGUUGAAGCCAAUGAAUCACAAUCUAAUCCUGCUGUUAAUGGACCCAGUUCUGUAAAGCAGGAAUCCUUUUCAAGAGAUGAGAAAUCUGCUCUGCCACCAGUUCAUAUUCAAGCUGUUGUGCCGUCUGUAUCAAAAGAAUCUGCUUCAACAUCAUCUGCUGGAAAGGAAGAGCAGAAACCAAUUGGAUCCUCUAUUAAGCCAAAGCAGGACAGUGAACAUGGAAAUAACAGUACUCCUGUUAGAAAUGAGUUGGCAUUAGAUAGGGGAAAGGCAAUUGCACCACAAGCCUCUGUAUCUGACACAAUGCAAAUUACAAAACCGGGACAGGCUAACACUGUUUCUCAGCCAAAGGAUGUGGGGCCAACCAGAAAAUAUCAUGGACCCCUGUUUGAUUUUCCGUUCUUCACUAGGAAACAUGACUCUUUUGGGUCAUCUAUGAUGGUAAACAACAGCAAUAAUUUAUCACUGGCAUAUGAUGUCAAAGAUCUUCUUUGUGAGGAAGGCAUAGAAGUACUUAGCAAGAAGCGAACAGAAAAUUUAAAGAAGAUUGAAGGUUUACUGGCUGUUAACUUAGAGAGGAAACGAAUUAGGCCCGAUCUUGUGUUGAGACUGCAAAUUGAAGAGAAAAAGCUUCGCCUUUUAGAUCUUCAGGCUCGUUUGAGGGAUGAGAUUGAUCAGCAGCAACAAGAGAUAAUGGCUAUGCCAGAUAGGCCAUAUCGGAAGUUUGUUAGGUUGUGUGAACGCCAGCGUGUGGAACUUGUUAGGCAAGUGCAGGCGUCUCAAAAGGCUGCUAGGGAGAAGCAACUGAAAUCUAUAUUUCUAUGGCGGAAGAAACUUCUUGAGGCACACUGGGCAAUUCGUGAUGCCCGUACUGCCCGCAACAGGGGGGUGGCCAAAUAUCAUGAGAGGAUGUUGCGGGAAUUCUCAAAACAUAAAGAUGACGACAGAAAUAGAAGGAUGGAAGCCCUAAAAAACAAUGAUGUUGACAGAUAUAGGGAGAUGUUGCUGGAGCAGCAGACUAGCAUUCCGGGCGAUGCUGCAGAGAGAUAUGAAGUUCUUUCAUCUUUCUUAUCACAGACUGAGGAGUAUCUACAUAAAUUAGGAAGUAAGAUAACAGCUGCCAAAAAUCAACAAGAAGUGGAAGAGGCAGCAAAAGCAGCUGCUGGUGCUGCACGUUUGCAGGGUCUUUCCGAAGAAGAAGUCAGAGCUGCUGCUGCUUGUGCAGGAGAGGAAGUGAUGAUUAGGAACCGUUUUCUGGAGAUGAAUGCUCCCAGAGACAGUUCAUCUGUCAACAAGUAUUACAACCUCGCACAUGCGGUGAAUGAAAUGGUCAUAAGACAACCAUCCUUGUUACGAGCUGGAACAUUGAGAGACUAUCAGCUUGUUGGAUUGCAAUGGAUGCUUUCUUUGUACAACAACAAAUUAAACGGAAUUUUAGCUGAUGAGAUGGGUCUUGGUAAAACUGUACAGGUUAUGGCAUUGAUUGCAUACUUGAUGGAAUUCAAAGGAAACUAUGGUCCACAUCUUAUAAUUGUCCCAAAUGCUGUUAUGGUUAACUGGAAGAGUGAGUUAUAUAAGUGGUUACCAUCUGUGUCAUGCAUUUUUUAUGCUGGAGGGAAAGAUUAUCGAUCGAAAUUAUUUCAUCAAGUUUCUGCUCUGAAGUUUAAUGUCCUGGUGACUACUUAUGAGUUCAUCAUGUAUGACCGGGCAAAACUUUCAAAAAUUGAUUGGAAGUAUAUUGUGAUUGAUGAAGCACAAAGAAUGAAGGAUAGAGAUUCAGUUUUAGCACGUGACCUUGAUAGGUAUCGUUGUCAAAGACGUCUGCUUUUGACAGGCACACCGUUGCAGAAUGAUUUGAAGGAACUCUGGUCACUUUUAAAUUUACUUCUCCCUGAGGUUUUUGAUAAUAAGAAAGCCUUUCAUGAUUGGUUCUCAAAACCAUUUCAAAAAGAAGGUCCUACUCAAAAUGCAGAGGACGAUUGGCUCGAGACAGAGAAAAAAGUCAUCACAAUCCAUCGACUUCAUCAGAUUCUUGAGCCUUUCAUGCUCAGGCGCCGUGUUGAAGAUGUUGAAGGCUCACUACCACCAAAGGACUCCAUAGUUUUACGAUGUAAAAUGUCAUCUGUACAGAGUGCUAUUUACGACUGGGUCAAAUCAACUGGUACUCUUCGUCUUGAUCCCGAGGAUGAGGAACGUAAGCUUCAGAGGAAUCCUAACUACCAGGUGAAACAGUAUAAAACUUUAAACAACAGAUGCAUGGAGCUGAGGAAAACAUGCAAUCAUCCGUUGCUUAAUUAUCCAUUCUUCAGUGACUUAUCUAAAGAGUUCAUUGUAAAAUCUUGUGGAAAAUUGUGGAUCCUGGAUAGGAUCCUCAUAAAACUUCAAAGAACCGGACAUCGAGUUCUACUUUUCAGUACCAUGACUAAACUUCUUGACAUCUUGGAAGAAUACCUGCAGUGGCGAAGACUCGUGUACAGAAGAAUUGAUGGAACAACUAGUUUGGAAGACCGUGAAUCAGCUAUAAAUGACUUCAAUGGCCCUGAUUCAGACUGUUUCAUCUUCUUGCUUAGCAUUCGAGCUGCUGGGAGAGGCCUUAACCUUCAGUCUGCUGACACAGUUGUUAUUUAUGAUCCUGAUCCAAAUCCUAAAAAUGAGGAGCAGGCUGUUGCCAGAGCUCAUCGUAUUGGACAGAAAAGACCAGUCAAGGUUAUCUACAUGGAAGCAGUUGUCGACAAAAUCCCUAGUCAUCAGAAGGAAGAUGAAAUGAGAGGUGGAGGCACUGUUGAUUUGGAGGAUGAACUUGUAGGCAAGGAUCGCUACAUAGGAUCUAUUGAGGGCCUCAUAAGAAACAAUAUUCAGCAAUAUAAGAUAGAUAUGGCUGAUGAGGUAAUUAAUGCUGGGCGUUUCGAUCAAAGAACAACACAUGAAGAAAGGCGUUUGACUUUGGAGACAUUAUUACACGAUGAAGAGAGGUAUCAAGAAACUGUCCAUGAUGUGCCGUCACUGCAGGAGGUAAAUCGCAUGAUUGCUAGGAGUGAGGAGGAAGUGGAACUGUUCGAUCAAAUGGAUGAUGAACUAGAUUGGGUUGAGGAUAUGACACGGUAUGAUCAUGUGCCUAAAUGGAUUCGUGCCAAUACAAAAGAAGUUAAUACUGCUGUUGCUGCUUUAUCAAAAAGACCAUUAAAGAAAAGUUUAUUGGCUGGUAGUGUUGCCGUGGAUACAAGUGAACUUGGUUCAGAAAGAAAAAGAGGAAGACCCAAAAAACAUACUAGUUAUAAAGAACUGGAAGAUGAAGAUUUGGAAUACUCUGAAGCAAGCUUUGAAGAAAGAAAUGGGUCUGCAAACGAAGAAGGUGAGGUAGGAGAUUUGGACGAUGAUGGGUAUAGUGGAGCUGAUGGAGCUCAGCCCAUCGAUAAAGAUCAGAUGGAAGAUGGUCUGUGUGAUGGUGGAUAUGAGUUUUCUCAAUCUUUAGAAAUUGCCAGGAAUAAUCAGGCGGUUCAAGAAGCUGGUUCCUCUGGAUCGUCCUCUGACAGUAAAAAAGUGACACAGAUAGUAUCACCAUCAAUUUCCUCUCAGAAAUUUGGUUCCCUGUCAGCAUUAGAUGCCCGGCCAGGUUCCAUUUCAAAAAGGAUGACAGAUGAGUUAGAGGAAGGGGAAAUUGCAAUAUCUGUUGAUUCUCACAUGGAGCAUCAACAGUCUGGAAGUUGGAUUCAUGAUCGUGAUGAAGGUGAGGAUGAACAAGUUUUGCAGAAACCAAAGAUUAAACGCAAACGUAGUCUUCGUGUUCGACCCCGUCAUGCCACUGAAAGACCUGAAGAAAAGUCUGGUAGUGAAAUGCUACCUCGUUUGUCAGUCCAAGCAGACCGUAAAUAUCAAGCACAGCUGAGGACUGACCAAGAAUCAAAAUCACACAUAGAUUCAAAUGCCAGCAGGAAUGAUCAAAACACUUCAUUAAAAAAUAAGCGAACUUUACCUUCAAGGCGGGUUGCUAAUACAUCUAAAUUACAUGGCUCACCAAAGCCUACUCGUUUGAAUACCAUAUCUGCUCCUUCAGAGGAUGGUGGCGAACAUUCUAGGGAAAGCUGGGAGGGGAAGCCUAUCAAUUCAAGUGGAUCCUCUGCUCAUGGCUCUAGGAUGACAGAAAUCAUCCAGAGAAGGUGCAAAAAUGUAAUUAGCAAGCUCCAGAGGAGAAUAGACAAGGAAGGCCAUCAAAUUGUACCUCUAUUAACAGAUCUGUGGAAAAGGAUUGAGAAUUCUGGGUUAAGUGGUGGGUCUGGGAAUAACCUGUUGGAUCUACGGAAGAUUGAUCAGCGGAUUGAUAAAUUGGAGUACACUGGAGCCACAGAUCUUGUAUUUGAUGUGCAAUUCAUGUUAAAGAGCGCAAUGCAUUAUUACGGUUUUUCCCUUGAGGUAAGAACUGAAGCAAGGAAGGUUCAUGAUCUCUUUUUUGAUAUACUGAAAAUUGCAUUUCCUGAUACCGACUUCCGAGACGCAAGAAGUGCACUAUCUUUUGCUGGUCCAGUUUCUGCCUCAACCACGGUAUCAUCUCCAAGGCAAGUGGCUGUUGGGCAAGGCAAGAGGCACAAGCUGAUGAACGAGGUGGAACCCGAUUCUCACCCUUCACAGAGACCACUGCAACGUGGAUCAGCUUCUAGCGGAGAAAACAGUAGGAUUAGAGUCCGUAUGCCACCAAAGGAAUCAAAAACCGGAAAUGCUAGCGGCAGUAACAUACGAGAGCAACCUCGGCCGCAGGAUGAUUCUCCACCACUACUUACUCAUCCAGGUGAACUAGUCGUGUGCAAGAAAAGAAGAAACGAGAGGGAGAAAUCAACGGUGAAGACUAGGACUGGUCCUGUUUCGCCGUCUAUGAGAAGUCCGGGGGCAGGUUCAGUCCCCAAAGACAGAUUAACUCAACAGACUCAAGGAUGGGUUGGGCAACCAUCUCAACAACCAAAUGGGUCAGUUGGGUGGGCUAAUCCUGUAAAGAGGCUAAGAACAGAUUCUGGGAAGAGGAGACCAAGUCAUAUGUAA